UAAUCGUUAUAGUGCGUACAGUGCAUUGUGCGAUGUGAACUUUUGUGCUUGACGGUGUUUUUUGUGUUUUUGUGUCCAAUUUGUGUUUACUUAGACAAUGGAGGGGACCACUGAGAAGGAUUGCUCUCCCUUGUGGAACUUGUAUCAACAAAUCGUCUCGGAUAUGAAGAACAGCGCACCGAUGUGGGAGGAGUUUAUCUCGAAGGCGACAAAACUUCACUCCGCACUCAAGUCAGCGCUGGUCGCCAUAGCAGCGUUUCUAGAUGCGUUCCAGAAAAUCGCCGACGCAGCCACGAAUGCAAGAGGAGCAACAAAAGAAAUAGGCACUGCGCUGACUCGAGUAUGUCUACGACACCGAGCCAUCGAGUCGAGAAUGAAAACAUUUAUCAGUACACUAAUGGAUCGUCUAAUAACGCCUCUGUCGGAGCGCGCUGAUGAGUGGCGUCGCGGUUGCAAUGGAGGCGGUGCGUUGAGUCGAGAACACGCGCGCGAGUGUAAGAGGGCUCGCGCGGAGCUUCGGAGGAGGGUUCACGACGCUCAGAGGCACGCUAGGAAGGCGAGGAGGGCGACGCCUGAUGUAAAGAGACGGGCGGAUGUGUGUUUACAGGAUAUCCAAGAGCGAAAACAACAGUUGGAAGAGAUGGAAGAAAAGGCGGUCAAAGCCGCGCUGAUCGAAGAGAGAAGCCGCUUCUGUCACUUCGUGUCCUUACUCAGCCCUGUGGUUGAGAGUGAAGUGGCUAUGUUAGCGGAAGUUGGGCAUCUUCAAGAAGGUACAGAACAAUUGUCGAGACAAACUACCGAACCUAGGAGUCUACCAGCUGCGAGUCUACAGGUGAUAUGCGACAUAAAGUCAUGCUACAGCGGUUGGGCGGAAGGCGGCUCGGCGCCUCACUCCCCAUCCGCCUCUUCGCGACUUGGAAGCCGGAAAUCCUCUUUGACCUCUAUAUCCUCUAUGACCAGCCAAUGUUCUGACCAGCAUGGUGUAUCAGGAUCAACAGUAAGUUGUUCUACGCCCAUAUCAAGCGCGUCCUCGGGUAUCACACCUGCGCCAGCACCGGAUUCCCUCAGGGGCCUUUCACAGGGUUCAGACAAUCAGAGCGUCAGUAGCGAAUGCGUGACACCUUCCAAAGGAGACGAUGACGUCACAGACGACAGUAAUGACGUCAUGUCUAAUGUUGGUAGUUAUAUCUUCAAAUAUAUCUUUUUUUUCCCUCUAGCAUCAGCAACAUGGCCUGACCUGAAAGAUACAGCGCAGUUUGAAAGAGCCGCCUCCGCUAUAAUGGGAGGUCGUCCUCAUACUAUUUCUGCUGGCUCAGAGCGUGGUCACCCCCGCGCCGCACUGAGUGUCCACACUUUCACCGAACAGAGUAUCUACGCGAGACCGCCUCUGCCUACUCGUUGUUCAUCUCUAGAACGGCCGUCAGUACCAGCCAAGACUAAUUCUAACAUCGCUCACGUAGAAUUCAAACCAGCCAAGCCGUCAUCUUUGCCACCACAUCUUGCUAAAGAAAUGCCACAAGCUCUAUAUGUGAACAUGUCCGAACUAGCGACGAUGGCCGCAUCCCGAGCCCAACAACAACAAAACGCUGAAUACCCGCAGCAGGAAAAGGUCUGCUCAGAAAGCAGUGCAAGUGAAUCAUCGCUAGAAUCAUCAAGUGGAUACGGAAGCCAAGGGGCCUUCGCAGCUGAAGACCAUGGCCACCAACAUUUGAUCCAACAUCCAGACGUCGAAUCGGAGAUCGUGACGUUACGAAGGGACUCAGUGACGAUAGCGAGGGAAAACUUCUCCAUAUCGCUGGGGAGUUUGGAGGAGGCGGUCCGAUCGUUAGACGAGGCGGUCGACUCUCCGACCUUUGCGACUAUCGGCAAGAAACCCGCCGUACCGAAGAAACGACCCGUUUCUAUGACAGCGACAGCGUGGUCUCGGCGUGGUUCAUCAAGUUCAGUGGGAAAGCCUCCUCCGCCGGUCCGGAGAUCUUCAUCGAUAUCGAGACCGCAGAGGCCUUCCUAUCAGAGUACUGGUCAAAGUCCAUCGCUAAACACUAACGAUACAGACAAUCUACCGCCGCCCCCCGCUUUCCUCUUGCAACCUGAUGAAAAUAGCGCAGUGCCAAGCAUAAACGUAGCUGAGACAGUGAAACAGUUAACUGAAUUAAAACACAUGCCUGCCUCGCCCGGUAUCGUCCGUCGAACCGCUCAAAAUCAAAAUCAAACAAGUCAAAAUAACCAAAACCAAAAUUAUGGCCAGACCCAAAACCAAAAUUAUGCCCAGUCCCAAAGUCCGACCCAGCUGAGUACCUUCCAGCAAGCGAAGAGUAAUUUUUCGUCUACGGUCAGUCUAAAUAAUUCGGGCAGUCUAAAUCCUAUAUACGGAACAACGGGAAAUAGGAUCAUGACGUAUGUCGAGAAUUCCAUGUUUGUCAGGAAGAAUAGCUUGAAUAGUUCCAAUUCGGAUAUCUAUGGAACAAAUACAGGAGGCAUAUAUGGUGAGAGCAAGGGGUCGCCCCAUGGUUCGUCACCGUCAACUCCCAGCUAUGGGGAAACGAAUACGUUCUCCAGCUUUGGACCGAGGGUUAAUAAUGAAUCGCAUUACGGGCAGACGGGAGUGAAACUGUCAGAUAAGCUAUCAGCCAGUAAGUGCUCCGGUAUAUACGCGCAGCCCGGCGCCGCGCUUGCCCGAAGACUGGCGGCCCGCUCUCACAGCGCGGAGAGGCAUAUGGCUGAGCAUGGAGGUCUAAUAGCGAGUCUCAGUGCUAAACUCGCCCCGCAACUGUCUCCUAGAACAACGAGGCGGACGAUAUCCACCAUCACUACAUCUGAUUCUCCACCGAAAGGAAAAGCUGUCCCAGCUGCGGUACAGCCUGCUUUCUUGGACAAACUGUCGGCCACAUUACAACGUCGAGCUCUAUCCACUCGAGCUACUAACGUCAGGGAACGAAUUAAUGCGCAUGCGCAGCCUGAUCCAAGAGUGUGUCACACGUCACUAAUGGAGCAAAUCAAACGCGGAGCAACAUUGCGUAGGAACAAAUUGUGCAACGAUCGAUCAGCGCCUAAAAUACGUUAAUAUUUGAAUAGAAAAAUAACCCUUGACGUGAAAAUAUAAAAGCUAUUUUAGUUUGAAGUUUAAA